UCCACUACGUAUCUCAUUCAUUUUUGUCUGUUCGUACUCUGUAUAUACACACUCGGCCAGCCUUGGCCGGUCAUGGCGUCACCGUGAAUUUUCUUUACCCGAAAAGAGGGGGAAAGGCCGGGAAAAUGAAUAGCAAGUCGAACACGGAAAACCGAAAAAUAAACUAGCUAGUAGGAUAGAUAGAGGAAGAGUUGAAGAAGACUGAGAAACAAACAAGUGAAAAAAAAAAGAAAAAGGAAGAAAGAAACAAGUUUGAAAAACUCCACCAAACAAAAUACACCUUUCAAAAUCGAAGUUCGAAGACGUGAAUCGCACUUCGUGCUAUAUCCGAUAUCCUGUCCUUGGCGUUCCCGUAUCCUCUCUUUCACCGCCGUGCUUCGUGUCAGCUCCGGUGGAAUUCGAUCUGGGUGUCGGGCUUCCUUUUGAGGUUCUAUUAUACUGGCAUUUGUUGGUCCUGUUGUGGCUUCUACUAUACAGAUUGUAUGAGGUUCGUCUUGCCAUUUGCACUUUGUGGUUUGCAGUUUCAAUUAAGGAUUUUAUUGUGGAAAGCAGAUGCAGAAUAGUGGAAAUCUUUCUCAGCAUAUUAGUCCUUUGAGGUUGACCACUCAGCAGUCUCUUCGCCGUUUGGGCAGUAGAUGUUCUCAAAUAGCAACAGGGCAGCAUUGUUCUCCUACUGUAUUUCCGGAAAAACGUGGCAAAGUAAAAGCUUUGAGGCAAAAUGAGGUCAAUGAUACCAGUGACAAUACAGGAAAAUUAAAGACACAUGACCACAGGAUUGACAUAGGAGAUGAACAUUCUGAUCUGCUGGGAUACACUGUAUUUUCUGGGAGACUCAUUUUGGAUAAGAGAACAUCCAGCGGAGAUGCUGAUGCACAAACAUCAAAAGAAACUAGGAACCAAGAUGCAGUUGAUGCCAAAUUGACAAGCAAAGCAUUAGUCUGGGGAUCACAUAUGUUGUCUCUGGAUGAUGUGAUUUCAGKAUCAUAUAAUGCGGGUCUUAGACAUUUUACAGUUCAUUCUUACCCAAUCAGAAAGGGAUCCUGUGGUCUUUCCUGUUUCAUGAAGCCUCAAAGAAGUCGAAAGGACUUUCGCUUCAUUGCUUCUAAUGUAGAAGAAGCCCUUCAAUGGAUUAGUGGAUUUGCUGAUCAACAGUGUUUUGUGAAUUGUUUACCUCAUCCCUUAGUUUCUUCCAAGAAGCAGGCAUCUGACAUGGUUGUUAAUGAUUUCCUGCCUGAACCAAAUAUCAAAUGUAAAAGCCCACCAAGAAUACUUGUAAUACUAAAUCCACGUUCUGGUCAUGGUCGCUCAAGUAAAGUUUUCCAUAGCAAAGUGGAACCAAUAUUUAAGCUUGCAGGGUUCAAGAUGGAGGUAGUCAAAACACAAUCUGCUGGUCAUGCUAGAAAACUUGCUUCCAGUGUUGAACUUAGUACAUGCCCUGAUGGAAUAAUAUGUGUUGGAGGUGAUGGAAUUGUUAAUGAGGUUCUGAAUGGUCUACUUAGUAGAGAAAACCAGAAAGAGGCAAUUUCAGUUCCAAUUGGCAUUAUUCCGGCAGGUUCUGAUAACUCACUUGUUUGGACUGUUCUAGGAAUUAGGGAUCCUGUUUCUGCUGCAAUAGCUAUCGUAAAGGGUGGUCUUACAGCUACAGAUGUUUUUGCUGUCGAGUGGAUUCAGUCUGGCGUUAUUCACUUUGGGAUGACUGUCUCAUACUAUGGUUUUGUUAGUGAUGUGCUGGAACUUUCUGAGAAGUAUCAGAAGCGCUUUGGUCCAUUACGCUAUUUUGUAGCGGGUUUCCUCAAGUUCUUGUGCUUGCCAAAAUAUAGUUUUGAAGUGGAAUAUCUUCCCGCAUCAAAAGAUGUGCCUGAGCCUGAAGAUAAUAUCCCAACUGAUCAUGAAACACUUGACAUGUCAGACCUGUACACAGACAUCAUUAGGAGAUCAAAUAUGGAUCGUAUUCCUAGAGCUUCCAGCUUAUCAAGUAUCGAUUCUAUCAUGACCCCUAGUCGAAUGUCUGAAGACCUGGACACCACAAGCAGUACACAUGCUAGUGCUGAGCCAUCUGAAUAUGUGCGUGGCCUUGAUCCCAAAACAAAACGCCUAUCUUCUGGGAGGCGCAAUGCUAUAGCAGAACCAGAAGUUAUCCAUCCUCAGGUGCCACUUUCAACAACUCCUAACUGGCCCAGGACGAGGUCAAAAUCAAGAAUAGAUAGAGGUUGGAGUGGAUUGGCAGCUACAAAUGAUCCAACUAGAAGUUCUUGGGGAAAUGCUACAACAAACGACAAAGAGGAUAUAUCAUCAACAAUAUCUGAUCCAGGUCCCAUAUGGGAUGCUGAACCAAAGUGGGAUAGCGAACCCAAUUGGGAUGUGGAGAAUCCAAUUGAGCUCCCAGGACCAUCAGAGGAUGCUGAAUUGGGAAUGAAGAAGGAAGUCAUCCCCAAGUUUGAGGAGAAAUGGGUUGCUACAAAAGGACAAUUUCUUGGUGUGUUGGUGUGCAACCAUUCGUGCAAGACAGUUCAAAGUUCACAGGUGGUUGCACCAAAAGCAGAACAUGAUGACAACACUAUGGACUUGCUAUUGGUUCAUGGAAGUGGACGGCUUAGACUAUUAAGGUUUUUCUUGCGUCUGCAGUUUGGUAGACACCUUUCUUUGCCAUAUGUAGAAUAUGUCAAGGUAAAGUCGGUGAAGAUUAAGCCAGACAAAACAACCCAUAAUGGUUGUGGCAUUGAUGGUGAGCUUUUCCCCAUCAAUGGCCAGGUGGUAUCUUCUUUGCUUCCUGAACAGUGCAGACUUAUUGGCAGGGCCCCAAGCCGUCACUAAUGGAAAGAGUAUUGUUUAAUAUGUUUGCUCAGUUUUCACUUCUAACAACGGUAUGUAGUAGUGGAAUACUCAGAAGCUUCAUAUACUGAAACACAUCCUUGUCCAGUCAUUUUCUGUUAUUUUCUCUGUAAACUUCUCUACCUUAGUGUGUUAGAAGUCCCUAUAAAUUUAUGCAUGAUCGUGGAACAUUAUUAUCAGCGAGUCCUGUUAUUUUCCUCUCCCUUUUUGUGUGUCCCUUCCAUUGUUGGGUGCAACUGGUGGUUUAUCUACAUGUAUGUGGAUACGUGGGUUUCAUUUCUAUUUUUGAUUUGUUUUGUUCA